AGAAAGGUAGAAGACGGACCAACAGCGGUUGCUUUAUUCAACAUUAUCUAUUAAGCUCUUAAUAAUCAUCCUUUUUGAAAAUGGUGAACUCUGGAAACCUGCUGAAGUGUGCGCUGGUCGCCAUUGUGAUUGUGGUUCUGGCUGAUUCUGGAUCAGCUGCUGAGAAGCUUGCAUCCUGCUGUACGUCAGUCACCAGACAGGAGAUAACUGAACCGAUCUUGGGAUACUUGGUCCAGAGACGUAACCCUCCAUGUGUUCAAGCUGUCAUCUUUCAGACAGAAAAGGGUCUAUUCUGCAGCCAUCUGAAAGCUCCCUGGGUUCGCAGCAAGAUUAGGGCAUUUCAGGAAGCUAAAGCUAAAGCUACUCGUCCAUCUGUGGUCUCCACGACUCCUGUCUCCCUGCUCUCCAUCAUCACAUCCACUGCCUCUCCUUCUUCACCCUCCUCCUCCUCCUCCUCCUCCUCCUCCUCCUCCUCCUCCUCCUUCUCCUCCUCCUCCCCCUCCUUCUCCUCCUCCUCCCCCUCCUUCUCCUCCUCCUUCACCUCCCAGAGGCCUGUUGAUGAAACCAAGUAUGAAGAGUAG